AUGGCAGAUGGAACAGAAAGACCGAUAGCUUUCGCGUUUAGAACUCUGUCUCAAGCGGGAGGAAAAUAUGCACAGUUGGAGAAAAGAGGCACUGGCUCUUAUCUUUGGGCUGAUAUUACAAAAGAAACGCCGAGAGAUCAAAUCCUAAGGAGAGUUUAUCAGUAUACAAAAUGUGGUUGGGGACCCAAUGGCGAACCAGUCAUUGAACAAUACAGGAGACGAGCGAGCGAGCUUUCGAUUGAGAACGGUUGCUUACUAUGGGCAAUCCGUGUCAUCAUUCCAAGCAAGUUGAGAUUGUUGAUUCUGUCUGAGUUACACAAAGGACACUUAGGAAUGAGUCGAAUGAAAUCAUUGGCCCGCAGCUAUGUAUGGUGGCCAAGCCUAGAUAAAGAGAUUGAGGAAGUAGUGAAGCAGUGUGAAGCUUGUCAAAGUUGGCGAAGCAAACCGGCUCGGAUAGAUCCUCCGCACCCUUGGAUUUACCCUCAGAAGCCAUGGGAGAGAGUCUACGCCGACUUUUGUGAAGUCGUAGGGAAGCAGUACCUGCUUAUGGUGGAGUCAUUCAGUAAAUGGCCUGAAGUACAUGAUCUAGGUACUCAUACAUCCACGAGCACAUCAUCAGGAUCCUCUCAAAAUAAUAACAGUGCACGAGAAAACAUCACUCAGACUACACCAAUGUCCCAGCAGUCUCACCAGAUACCACCGUCUGCAACAGUUACUGAAGAGAGACCAUACCCUCUCCGUGAAAACAGAAACCACUUGCACAGUACCGACAAUCCUAAAGGGCGAGGAGUGUGA